AUGUUGCUGGUUAGCAACUGCAAAGUGGUUCAGCGGAUGCAGAUCGACGUCAGAGGGCACGUGAUUGAAUCGAAGCGUGCCCUGAAGCAAUUGGGAGUGAUACUCGACAAACGGUUGAACUCCAACAAACAUGUCGACUACGGCUGCGAAAAGUCGGCGAAGGCAACAAACGGAAUAGCGAGGAUAUUGCCAAACGUCGGCGGUCCGAGAAGCAGUACGAGACGUCUGCUAGUUAGUGCUUCGUCGUUGAUACAGCGAUAUGGAGUUCCCGACUGGGAUGCGGCACUGACAACCAAACGGAACCGCAAAAAGCUGAACAGGAUGGUCCGGCUGAGGACGGGGAGGUGA